GCGAGCAGACAGGCCGGGAGGCCAGGUGUGGGGCAGCCCUGUGCGUGUGAGGGAGGUGCGGGAGCUCUGGCUUGCGUGGUCCGGGCAGAGCAGUUGUUUGGGCCCGUUGAGGGAGCUCAGUGACCCGUCUGGGGGCCCUGGCUUUGCCGUGGCCCUUCCUGCGUGAGAGGUGGUGGCUGAGGCCUGGCCCAUCCCGGCCCCCUCAGCGCCCCGCGGGGCCCGGGCUCGGCCCUCAGUUGUGGGGCUGAGGGACGACUGCAGCCUCCCGGCCGGGGGAGUCACGACUGCUUUCUCCCACCCCCAUCCCCACUUCCCACUUACCCUCUUGCUGCUUUCUAGCUGUAAUUAAUUCUUCGCCAUGGCAGUUUUGAAGGGUUUGGAUGCUUGAAAUGGCAUUUUCGUCUUUGACAGAUAGAUUUACCCCCGCCCCCUUUUUUUGCCUCUCUUUCCUCAACACACAUUGUCCUGGUUUUCUUAAGUUGAAUUUUCCCUUCAGCUUCUGCUGCUUUUUUCUUCAUUUCUGCAGUAAUAUCUUUUGUCUCAUUCUCCUGUUUCUUUUCCUCCUUUCUCUCCUUCUGUGUUUCUGUCUCCUCCUUUUCCAUUUUCCUCUAAUCUCUCAGCUUUUGAAGCUAAAUAGGCUCAGCACACACUUCUCAUUGAAAUGAAUGAAGGCAGUAGAUUUAAGUUUAAUUUAAUUUAAUUUGAGCUAAUCUUAUUUGAACACAAUUUGGCCAGAAAAUGAUGGUAGUGCCAGAUCGCAUUUAAACAGAAAUACGCAUCUAUGUACCAGCCUGGCUUUUGACUUAUCCUCCUUUUAAAACAUGGGUUCCCAUCUCUUACGGAUUCCAGCAGUGGCUCAAAUUUACUAGGACCUGGGCACUCCUCACUUUUCCACUAACAACAGCUGUUCAUAUGAGGGAAUGAAGAGGAAGAAAACUCUUUUUGAUUUGACUUGAAACGUUUUGUGGAAACCUAAAUUUCACUUUUUCCUUUUCUUUUGGAGUUACGUGAUUCUUUCCACUUUCCCCUUUAAUAUAAACUGAAGUCAAUUCAAAAUUAAAUGCCAUCUCAGGGCAAAAAUGUUAACAAAAUAGUUAAAAUAUUUUAGAGAUUUUUUCAGGUUUUUCGGUUUAAGCUACUUUUUAAAUUCUGCCUGAAUUCAACAACCAUUUUGACCUCCCUCUUAUUCCUUUUGCAUACUUGCUAUUCCCCCCAAAACAAAAAAGUAUAGAAAAUACUUUGGUAUUUUGUUAUAAAUUUAUGUUAUUUUUUUUUUAAAGUUCAGCAGUUAGGACUAUUCAUUUUGUUUGAUAAUUAGACUCCUGAGAGAAGACAGCUCCAAGGAAAGCAGCAAUGUUGCUUGGAACCUGAUCAUACAAAAUAAGAUCAUCACCAAACCCCAUUUCUGACAGCAACAGUACAUUACAGGUGGUGUUUUCAGCGUUAUGUGGAUGCCUAAAGAUGUAGAUAAAUGUCUUCUGGCAUUUUCAAGGGAAACAUAUAUUGAGUAUACUUAAUAAACUGUGAAGAAAUUGCUAUCAUUAAGCAAAAAUAAAGUUGGACGUCUUCCAACUAUGGUAUCUGUUUGCAUUGAAACAGUAGCAUCUUGUAAAUCUUUAGAAAGCAUAUGCCAGUAUUAUAGUAAAUUCUGAGAUAAAAGGUAUUUCAUAUUGCAAUUCUUUCUGGAAACAAACUUACCCGCUAAUUAUAGAUCACAUAAUUAUUUUUAGUGGAUUAAAGACUAAUGACUGUAUGUUUUGGAAUGUAACUUAGUAUUUUUGUAGUGUAGUUUAGCAUAGUUUAGUUGCUGUUUAGAAUAGCAACUGUUCAGUAUUGUUUAUGUUAAUUUUUCUGUGUGAUCAACUCACUCACGUUCUGAUUCCUGAUAGGUUACAGAUGUCAAUUUUUAAGUCUUCUACGAGCAAUGUAAUGAUGAACUCAGAUCACUGUUUCCUCCAUAUUUUAGUAGAAGAAGAUAGUAAGUCAGGAAGUGGCACAAAAAGCAGGGGUGCUAAUGAUUCCCCAAAGACAAAUAAAAGUAUCAAAAGCAGUAGCUGUGGCAACAGUAAUGAUUGUAAGCAAUGCAGCAGAGAAUAUGGAAGUGAAAAUUCUCAUGCUAACUAUUCUGAGGACUUCAUCAGUGAGCUCAGAAACAGCAAGAAGGAGCAAUAAUUUAAAACUAUCAGGAACUGAAGAGAAGAAAUCACAGAAGAAGAAAAAAAAGAAAAAAGGGCAGCAUAUUGUCCCCCCAAAAGGAGGGAAGAAAUUGCCACCUAAGAAGAUGCAACAUAAGAAUACUUCAUUUUUAAGCCUGCAGAAUAAUACGAUUUCCCAGAAAAAAAAUGCAGUGGCUCAGCGAAUAUCAUCAGCAAAACUUCAGAAAAUCAGGGAGCUGAAAAAUGAACUAUUUGAUUUACAACACAAGCUGGAAGCAUCAAACUUAGAAAACCAGAUUCUGAAAGAGCUUCAGUGUCGGCACUUGAAAGCAAUAGGUAGAUAUGAGAAUUCAGAAAAUAACUUGCCUGAUCUUUUGGCGAGACAUUAUACUGAGGUAAGAACUUUAAGGAAACUCCUGAGGAUGUCUCAGGAGGAAGAACGAAAUACAUCCAGGAAGCUCAGAAAAGUUGAAGCAGAACUGCUAAAAAAUAAAGAUGCUUUGCAGGCAUUGCGUAAACUCUCAGAAGACAAGGGUCUUGCAGAAAGAGAUGAGCUUAAUCACAGAUUAUCAGUCCUUACGGAAAAAAUAGAAGACAAUAAUAAGAGAAUACAGGUCCUUGAAAAACAGCUGAAGUUGAACAAUAGCACCUUUAGUCGUCAGUUGGCAGAUGAGAAUAAAAGAGCUGUUGAAGCUGGAAUAAUUACAAAGCACUUGCAAAUGGAAAUUAACUCUCUUCACCAAAAAAUUAAGGAAAAGGAACGAGAACUGUGUAUAAGAAAUAUAUAUGCAAAUCGGAUGCUUAAAAUUCCAAAGGACAAAGGAGAUUCAGUACCUCAUGAAAAAAGUCUUAGUUUAAACAAAUCAGUACAAGUAGACAAACAGAGUUUUAGAUCACUACUGCUGUCACAAUACCAAAACAAGGAAACAGAAAAAAGUCCCAUUCAGUUAUCAAAGAAGGAAGAGCAUUCAGAAGAUAAAAAUCAAAAAGUUAAAGCCAGCGAAGCACACAUAGAUGCCCAAUGUGAAGUAGAAAAGCAACGAACCAAGAAAAUCUCCAAGCUGGAAACUUUUAACAGAACAUGUAGAGAAUUUUUAAGGGAAGGCAAACCAGUGACGGAAGAAUACACGCGUUUGGAAUAUAUGAAACAAGAGGAAAAAAAGAGAGAAGAGCAAAAGAGGAAAGCUAAACUGCUUAAACAGGAGCUGAAAGAAAUGAUGAAAGCUGAACAGACUCCUCUGAAUGACAUUGUAAAAAAGAACAGUCAAGAAGGAGAUGCAGUGGAAGAACGUGAAAAAGAACAAAAGCCAGACAAACAGCUAAAUAGCAGUGGGAGGGAAGACAGUAAGCCUGUAACUCCUACACAAAGCAACAAAACACCCAUUAGACUGAGAAAACAAUACAUAUUCUCAGAAGCCACUGAAAAUUUGCAUCAGGGGCUUCCUGCCUCAGGUACAAAAUUCAGAACAGGUAGCCUUUGCAACCAUAGACAUGCAUUUCAGGACUGCAGUGAAAUAGCCGAAUCAAAAGUGAAAAACUCAUUUGGACUAUAUGAACCGUCUUUCGGUAAAGUUACCAGAACAAGGCAGAAGGACAGUUUGGUUGAAGCAGAAGGCUCCACUCCUAUGACAUUCACUGAAAGGAAAAACAGUCUUAUGAAAGAACUCUUUGGACCAAGCUGUGUUUUAAAAGACAACCAUUCCAAUAACACCAUGACAGAAGCAGAGAGAGAGAAGUGAAAGGAUGCAAGAUUACGAAAGCCGAAUUUCAAAACACCACUACUAGCUUAAAAUGUGGAGAGUCUAACACCAAUGAAAUCAUUAUGAACAACCUCACGAGAACACACAAAAUAAUAAUUUCACUCAAUAUUCAAGUAUAUUAACUUGAAUGUAACUUAUCUUUAAUCUUUUGAGAUAUGGAACGUUUUUCAACGCUUACUGAAACAUGUUUUACUUACAAAUGUUUUUACCUUCAUAAAACACAUUAUAUGUUACAUGCAUCGAGAAUUGUUUCUUCAGUGAUUCUUCAAAUACGAUACAUCAUCCAAUCACUUGUCUCAGAAGAACAUUUGUGGGAGGAUCAUAAUGCAUCUUACUAACUAAGACCACCUUAACAUGACAUUUUAAACUGUUACCGGGGAUGUCUGAGGUAGUCCUUUUAGGGUAAUUUUUCAGUUUUGGAAUCCUCUCUGCAGUUGAAUUUUGAUUAUUCGCCAGCUCCUUAUGGAGAGAUACCUGAUUUCACGCUGUUCGUUAUUUGAUUACUACCAAAAAUGCACUAAAUAAAAUUAUUUUCUUCACUUCUGCAAUGACUUCCAGAAUUCACACAGAAUAAAAAUAAUUUGAUACUGCAUUGUUUUCACUAGCAUUAUAAAACUCUGAAGCUGCAUUCUUUUCCACUGUUAGAAAUGAUCAAAUCAAUUUGCCUGGUAGUAUCCACAGCUGACUUCCAAAGAUGAAUGUACAAGUGAAAACUACUGUUUUGAAGCAGUCAGGCAUAUCCAGUUCUCAAAGAGUCUUUAAAAUACCCUGUGCUUAAGGUUGUCUACGUGAGGGUAGAAGGA